AUGGUUGAACCGUAUACGCGUACGUUUCUGAGAGACAACCUUUGUUUCAGGAGCGAUCCCGGCGCGGACUCCAAACAGACCGACGUGCCGUCUGUGUCAGACAUGAGCGCCACGGGAAUCAACAUCAUGGCCAUGGACAGACAGCUGGACACUUGGCAGGCCUUUGCUCCCUUACCUGCAGUACCAGACCCACGCAGUAGGAGCGUCCCUGUACCGUCCCGGAUACCCAAACAGAUCCACCCAAGACUUCGUUAUACCAUAGGAGCGAACCGGCGGCGGGCCACUCCCCUGCACCUAGCCCCUCUGUCCCCGCGUGUCCACCCGAGUGUCGCUGCCAGGGAGAUGCUGGACCCAGAACUCAGGGUCUUGCGUGGUUUCGCGCCCAAAAUGGCGCCAGGUGGCCUGCAGGAUUUUUUGGAGCAUCUAGAAAACUUCACCUGGCGAGAGAAGUUAAAACUGCUGAGCCUGCAGGAACAGCGGCCGCUGGGAGCGUGGUUCCGCCAGCGGGGACAACAACAACCCGCCAAACCGCCCGACACCGCCCGCGAAAAGACACCCGAGAAGAACAAGAGACGAGCGGAAAGGAAUUCGCAGCGCUUCAAAUGCCUCGCUCUGGACCCUGACAACGCUGUCAUGGACCACUGGGAGGGAGAUCGACACCAGAAGGAGAGGCACGCGCAGCUCAACCAGAAAUCGCUAGGUGUCGUU